AUGGCCGGCGCUAAGAAAAAGAAGAAGCCCGCCGCCAACCCAGCCCGCGGCUUCGCCACGACUUCUGUUGCGUCGAAGCCGCGCGUGGAGCAGGCCGAGCUGGAAGACUCUGCUUCGACGGCGUCCCUGUCGAAACCGGCGGGCCAGAACCCGGAGCUCACUCCCGAGGAGUUUGAACGGCAGCUCGAAGUAGCUGAGCUGCAGAUUCUCGUGGAGAAACAUGGCCCCAAAGUCAAACGCGAUGCGCAGAGGCAAAAGGCGCGUCUGGAGACGGACCGGCGGAUCCAGAGGUCGAGUGCUGAUUCGAUCAACUGCCCUAAAUGGCUGCCCCCUGAGAUCAUGGAUCAUAUUUUGGACCUCAUCAAGGCCGAGAGCCGCUUCGCGGAAGAUGCCCCCGAGGAAGACCUCACCGUCAAGCUCUGGACGCUGCAACAUGCUCUGACCAGUGCCGGCAUCUCCCCGAACCGCACUCGCGAAGCCAUAGUCUAUGUACUAGACAUGUCUCCCAGUAUCCCCUCAAAUUCAAGAGAUUCUCUCUGGGGACUCGAGGAGGCUCUAGACUGGCUUGCCAAGGAAUGCUCUCCUGAAGAGCUUCCAUCCUAUGAACCCAGAGGCCGUCCAGCUCCCAAACCCAUAGGUGAAGACGAUAUGCAAGAUAGCGAGCCCUCUAAGAAGCCCGCCUCCAAGGGCAAUGGCCCCGCCUCGUCCAAGAAGUCGGGCCCUGCCAAAAAGAAGCCGGCUGUUUUCUGUGACAGUGAUAUUGAGCCUGAUGAUUUAAUACCUGAAUACAUGAAGGCCAAGGAAAGACUGUUCGAGCUCGAGCGGCCACUCGCGGAUAAUAAAAAACGAGGCAAAACUCCCAGAGACAAGACUGCUACUGGCUUGACUGAGGAGCAAGAAUUGGAGAUGGCUAAAUUGCAAGCCAAAAUCCAGAGAAUCGAUAAUGAUGUCCUUUUUGACAAGCCACUAGCGGAACAUCAAUGGAGGGCCCGAAAGAUCGUUCUGGAGAAGGAGUACUCGGAGUCCCAGAGAGCAGCUACUCGGGCACCCCAGACGAACGAAAAGCAAGCAACAGGCGCCACCCCGGCUGCCAAGACGGCCGAAAAUGGCGUUGAUGACGACGAUAUCAAUUUAGAGGCCGAAAGGAUUGCCGCCGAAAUUCUCGCGCAAAACGACGACGACGAGGACCAAGAUCUCGCCGAUCUCUUCUCCAGUUUACCAACAACCGAGGUGGACCAGCAGACGGGGAAAUCCAACACGGUACUAAACGGCUCAGACGGAUCAAGAAUCGUCAUUCGAGACUUUGUGAAAUGGGGUGGGAUCAAUCCUACAAGAGUGCUACAAGACGCUUGUCGUGCCAGGCACAUGGUGACCAUUGAAUGGAAGGCCGCACAGGAUAUCUUGGCCGAUGAGAUUGUGCCAGAGGUCAAGGUCUCUGUGACACCAAAUCGAACAAGGUUUACCAUGGCUUCCAUUGCCACUCCAGACAAGGCCAAAUCCGAAGCCCUUAUCGCAACUUACGCCUUGUUCCACAUUUUUGGAUCGUCGUCGAAAGAGGAAAAGGUAUUCCUUCGACUUCCGCCCGUCUGGCGGGAUCUGUGGGUUGAGUAUUCGGAGAUACGCAAGGAUCAACUCGACACCGCUGACCGCUCGGCCUUGGGCGAGUUGCGCGCCUUGAAGAGCGGCUCCCCAAAGUUCCAGUUUAUGUUGGAAUCUCGUCGUCAACUUCCUAUGUGGAGCUUCAAGUCCAAGGUGGUAGAGACCAUCGACGCAAACCAGUCCAACACCUCCCGCGAAACCCGCCUGGUGUAUGCGACGACGGGUAUCGUCAUGCGCAUGCUGGAGGGCUCCAACGACUUGAGCGAAAUCACCCAUCUCGUUCUUGACGAAGUCCAUGAGCGCACAAUCGAUAGCGACUUCCUCCUCAUCGUCUUGAAGAAGUUGAUCAAACGACGACCUGAUCUCAAAGUAAUACUCAUGUCGGCCACCGUCGACGCCGAAAAGUUCUCGAGCUAUCUGGGAGGCGCACCCGUUCUCGAGGUACCCGGACGAACCUUCCCGGUCCAAACCCGUUUCCUCGAGGAUGCUAUCGAGGUCACCGGAUACUCUAUUGGUGAAGACCGCAAAACUGCGGAACUCAUUGAUCUAGAUGAUGACCCUCCCGAGCAGGAACCCGAGGGCGCCAAAGCGGGACUCCUGGGAGACCUUUCGCAGUAUUCCUCUAGAACAAGAGCUACCUUGGCGCAAAUGGACGAAUAUAGGAUCGACUUUGACCUCAUAGUCCAGCUCAUCGCCAAAGUAGCCAGUGAUGAAACUUACUCUCAAUAUAGCAAAGCCGUCCUGGUGUUCCUCCCGGGUAUCGCAGAAAUCCGAACACUCAACGAUAUGCUGCUAGGAGAUCCUCAUUUCAGCUCAAACUGGUUAAUAUACCCACUUCACUCGAGCAUCGCAACGGAGGACCAGGAAGCCGCAUUCCUUAUUCCGCCGCCGGGUGUACGAAAAGUGGUCUUGGCCACCAACAUCGCCGAGACCGGUAUCACCAUCCCCGAUGUGACCUGCGUGGUUGACACCGGCAAACACAAGGAGAUGCGGUUCGACGAGCGCCGGCAGUUAUCCCGCCUAAUCGACACUUUUAUCUCACGGGCAAAUGCCAAGCAGCGCCGUGGUCGCGCAGGUCGAGUCCAGGAGGGCCUCUGCUUCCACCUCUUCACGAAGCACCGCCACGACCGCAUCAUCAGCGAUCAACAAACCCCGGAGAUGCUCCGUCUCUCGCUACAGGACCUGGCGAUCCGCGUCAAGAUUUGCAAAAUCGGUGGCAUCGAGGAGACCCUCAACGAGGCUCUCGAUCCGCCUUCCCAGAAAAACAUUCGUCGCGCCGUGGACGCCCUCGUGGACGUGCGCGCCUUGACAGCGGCCGAGGAACUCACACCUCUCGGGCGACAGUUAGCCCGCCUCCCGUUGGAUGUCUUCCUAGGAAAGCUCAUCCUCCUCGGUACGGUGUUCAAGUGCUUGGACAUGGCUCUCACCGUCGCAGCCAUCCUCUCCGCCAAAUCGCCCUUCUCGGCUCCGUUCGGCCAGCGUACCCAGGCAGAUGCCGCAAGGCUGGCGUUCCGACGCGGCGAUUCGGACCUCCUCACCAUAUACAACGCCUAUGUCUCGUGGAGGAGGGUCUGCCAGCAAACUGGCAAGGAUUUCCAAUUCUGCCGCAAGAACUACUUGAGCCAGCAGACGUUGGCAAACAUUGAGGAUCUCAAGGGCCAGCUUCUCGUGGCCCUGGCCGACUCCGGGUUCCUCCUUCUCGCCGACGAGGAGCGCAAGGCCCUGAACCGCAUGCGCUACUCAUCGGGCGGGCGCGGGAGGAGGCAGCAAAAGUUUUACGAGAUCCCCAAGAGGGUGGACCUGUACAGCGACAACGACGUGGUGACGGCUUCGGUAAUUGCAUGGAGCUUCUAUCCCAAGCUGUUGGUGCGCGACCCGCCGGGCUCGCGGUCGCUGAGGAACAUUGGCAACAACCAAUCGAUUAGCCUCCACCCUUCAUCCGUGAACAAGAGUCAGCUAGAUCUCAAAUGGCUCUCGUAUUACCACAUUAUGCAAGCAAAACAAGUUUAUCACGCCCACGAAACCACGGCCGUAGACCCAUUCGCCAUCGCUCUACUUGGCGGUGAUGUCCGAUGUGAUGUCUACUCUGGAGUCAUCAUCCUCGAUGGGAACCGUGCCCGAUUCUCCGUACCCGACUGGAAAACGAUGCUCGUCAUCAAGGUUCUCCGGGCAAGGUUACGUGAGCUGCUAAGCAAGGCUUUCAAACAGCCCGGCAAGCUUCCGACCGCCCAACAGCUCCGCUGGCUGGACAUCUGGCAGAAGAUCUUUACCCUGCAAGACGCGAAGGAUGCCCAGCGGUAG